AUGAUACAUCGUGCAUUGUUGGCCAGACUCUUUACACUACGUGAGUCGGCAGGUGCCUUAUUCAGAAGAUUUGGUGGUAUUUAUCGUGCCGGAUGUUUCGGUUUUCAUCAAGACUUCGCAGCUAGCAGAGGACAGAGAAUUCUUCUUGCCACGUGUCUCAUAUCAUUUGUUCAGGAUUCUAUAUCUGAAGAUGAGAUGAUGAUAACCGUUGAGACAUUUGAUGUCACGAAGUACAAUGAACUUUCGAAAUUUGCUCAAAAGUCUCAACAGAAGGAGGAGGGGAACAGUCCUCAAGUGGCGCAACAACCGAUUGAGCGUGCAUACAGUAGUCUCGAGAGUCCUCUCACCUUCUACGUCCGCGAUCUCCGGCAGCUCUUGCGAGAGAGACAGCAUGAGUUUUUUAGAAAUCUCUUUGAUCCUCAAAAGGACGAGCCUGUGUCUUCCAGCGAUGGUGCAGAGACACCACUCGCACCAGCGUCGUCGCCUCGUGGGGUGGUGCUCAUGGACCUCUCCAGCCGUCUUUCUGCCGACGGCACUGGGUUUGUGGACUCUGCGUGGGAGUGCAUGAUUGAUCGGCCUGAUCUGCGCAUGUGGCGGCGACCUUCAUGCAAGACCUCGAAUAACUCCAGCAAGACUGCCAUUGGUCUCUACGAAUACAGGGUGUGUGGCAGUUUCAGUGACAUAUCAGCGCGUUGUUUUUUGGAAGUGCAAUUGAAUCUGGCUUAUCGGCGGCACUGGGACAAGAGCGUGGUGGUGUUAGAGUCGAGAAAAAGCGCAAACGCGGCAGGGUCGGAGGUGAUUCGGUGGGUGGCGCGCUUCCCCUUCCCUCUGGCGCGUCGCGAGUACAUCUAUGCACGACGCUGGUGGCUCACCACCGCUGGGAUCGGGGGCCAGGCCUUCGCCCUAAUCGUUUCGCGUGUCGGCGAUACACGAUUUAGAGACUCUACUGCUUCCACCGCUAUGGUAUCACAGGACAACAGCGAAGAGGCGCAGUCAGGUGGCGGAUUGGUGCUGGUGCGCUCGUACGAGUCCAACAUGCUCAUUCGUUCUCACGGCAGCAUUGACGAGCCGGGAUUGGAUUACUUCCUCAUCUAUUUCGACGAUCCACAACUUGUCUGCUCCACAGAAGCUGCAAGCCGUCUUUCUUUGACGGUCAUCCCUAGAUUACUAGACAAGCUGCACGACGCCGCACUCAAUAUCUCUACGAAGGGCCUGCCAGACACCGUUCCUCCAGUAGUCCUCCCCUCGCGUAACCUUAUCCAAUCGGAGGAUGCCACCUUCGUCACCUCCAAAUCAAGCAUAACUCGUAACCCUUUCACCUCGGAAACAACGGCGACCCCUGUAGACAACACGUCGUGUGGCAUUACCACCAGCACCACCACCACUCCAUUAACACCUGAGUCUGCCGAAUUUUUUUUCCACUCCUAG